CACAAAGUAAUAGAGCCAAUGAUUUGCCAGGGUAGGAGAACCAUAGUUGAAUAAUAUUCAAACUCCAUGAAUCACCCAUCAGAAACUGAAAGAAAACGGCCAUCUUUUUCCGGCCGUUGCGGGUCGUGUACCUUAAUGGAGCUUACCCGCCUAUAUAGGCUCUCCGAUUUUCACUACCGGCACUCCUUUGUGACCCCACGUCUCAAUUUUCCCACUAACCCCACUCCCUCCUCCUCAAUUCCCAUCAUCAUCAUCGUUUCUUUCCACUAUAUAACUACGUCUGCACUCACCGAUCACAAAACAUUGAAACCUCUCACAAGCUCUCUGCUUCUUUAACAAGCUAGAACCAGAGCAAUAGAAAAUGACCUCCUUCAAACUCCCAGUUUUAGCCUCUCUGCUUCUCUCAAUCUUCUCCAUCGCCUUUGCAGCUGAAAAGGGUAGCAUUGGAAUCAACUACGGUAGAAUAGCGAACGAUCUUCCAGCACCAACCAAAGUGGUCGAGCUGCUCAAAUCACAAGGCAUCACCAACGUAAAGCUCUUCGACACCGACGCCGCCGUCCUCACAGCCUUGGCCGACUCAAACAUCAGCGUCGUCGUAUGUCUCCCCAACGAGCUUCUCUCCUCCGUCGCGAACGACCAGUCGUUCGCAGACAAAUGGGUCCAAGCCAACAUCUCCCACUACCACCCGAAAACCAAAAUCGAAGCCAUUGCUGUCGGGAACGAAGUGUUUGCCGACAAGAACAACACCACUGACUUCCUCGUACCCGCCAUCAAGAACAUCUACACUUCCUUAAAUAAGUACAACCUCGACUCCUCCAUAAAACUCUCUACCCCAAUUGCCCUCAGCGCCCUCCAAAAUUCGUACCCGCCUUCCGCCGGGUCUUUCAAACCCGACCUUGUCCAACCCGUCAUCAAACCCCUCCUGGAUUUUCUCCAACAAACCAGAUCGUAUCUCAUGGUUAAUGCCUACCCCUUUUUCGCUUACGCGGCUAACUCCGAUCAGAUCUCCUUGGAUUACGCCCUGUUUAAGCAGAACGCGGGCAACGUUGACUCCGGUAAUGGGCUCCGUUACAUGAGUCUGUUCGAGGCCCAACUCGACGCUGUUUCCGCUGCCAUGUCAGCGAUCGGAACUAAAGACAUGAAGAUGGUGGUGACGGAGACGGGUUGGCCUUCCAACGGAGACGAGAACGAGAUUGGCGCUGGAAAGGAAAAUGCGGCGGCGUAUAACGGCAACUUGGUGCGUAGAGUUUUAACCGGAGGUGGGACGCCGUUAAAGCCACAGGACCCGCUCAACGUCUACUUGUUCGCUCUCUUCAACGAGAACCAGAAGCCGGGGCCGACAUCGGAGAGGAACUACGGGCUCUUCUACCCCGACGAGAAGAAAGUAUACGACAUACCACUUGCCGCGGCGGAGCUCAGCAACGACCAGGCAACUGCGGCAAACGAGAGUAAGGCCCAAGUGAAACCAUCGGGCAACACAUGGUGCGUGGCGAAUGAGAAAGCCGGAGAGGAGAAGCUUCAGGCGGCACUGGACUAUGCUUGCGGAGAAGGAGGAGCGGAUUGCCGUCCGAUUACUGACGGGUCUACGUGUUUCAAUCCAAACACCCUUGAGGCGCACGCUUCGUAUGCGUUCAAUAGCUAUUACCAGAAGAAGGCUCGUGGAACUGGAACCUGCAACUUCGGUGGUGCAGCUUACGUUGUCGCUCAACCUCCGAGUUAUGGAACCUGUGAGUUCCCAACAGGUUACUGAAGGAAGAACGAUGGAGUGAACUAUGGUCAUCGGAGAUAAUUUAGAAUUAGAUUUGGAUUUUUAGAAAAUUAUUCAAUUGAAUUUUGUUGCAUCUUGGUAAUGUUAUUGGUUUACUAUUGCAGGACGAUUAGAUAUGGUUGUUAUCAGUUGGUUUGACUUGUAAUUAUCAUUUCCUAUUUAUAUAGAUUUCUUAUCUCAGUUAUAUAUA